AUGCUGUCACAUUUGCCCAAUAUUUCUGUAUCCUUACAAAAUCACAAUUCUACAUCAUCCACACGAAUCGGAAGUACAGAAUCACCCAAGUCUUCAUCAUCACCUCAUCAUCCUUCUUCGUCCCAUGAGGUUCUCCCAACGACGACGACUACGACUACGACGACAACAUCACUUUCCUCUCCAAUAUUAUCAACAACAAGACUUCCUUCUCCAACCACCCUCUCACCACAAUUAUGCUCGUCGACCAUUUCACAAGAAUUGAAAAUUGGUUCAUCGUCAUCAACGUCAUCAUCGCCUUCUGAUUCAUCUCCUAAAUUAUAUUUACAAAAUGUCAAGUCUUUGAAUGUGCAUAAUGAUGACGACGAUGAGGAAGAAUCCUCCUGGAAUAUUCACAUCCGAGGAUUUUUACAUCAUUAUCUUCCACACCGACCUUGUCAUCGUCGUAGUAGCAGUUGUCAUGACAACACAUGUUCAACCACACACCACCACCAACAUCAUGAAUAUAAUUAUACCACAGAACUAGCAACAAUUAAGGGAAUGGAUCAAUCCAUAUUUCCUGUUUCGAGUAUAAGACGAGUAUUUGCUUUUGAGGAAUGUAUAGUCUUGUUGGAUGAAAAUGAUCGAAUUUGUAUUUUUGGAAAUUUAGACAAACGGUUGGAAUUUAAUAGUGAGAAAUCAAUCUUGCCAUCCCCAAUAACGACAACAACAACAACAAAUCCAUCAUGUAGAAGGCAUACUGAAAAGCCAUCUUCAGCUGUCACAUCCUCCUCGUUUACAUCUGCAUCAACCAAUCCAAACAAUCCACUGGAGCAACAGCAACAACAACAACAACAACAAAUUUCAAAAAGAAAGAAAAUGAUUUCAAUUUUUAAUAAGAAAACCUCAAUGGUGACGACUGAUUCAAUAGAAACUUCUCCUUCCACAACUUCAACUCCUUUCACUUCGAGAUUUAAGCCCUCUCAUGCAGGGUCUUUGUUUGUAUCUAUGAGAGAUGAUUUCAUUGAUCCGAGACCUAUGGCAAGAAGUAGUGGUCUUCCUUUUCAAAUUCUCAAAAAAUUUUCUCUUGGAAACACGAGUUCACAAAUCUCUUGCAUUUUGCUUAAAUAUAAUUCACUCACGGAAACGAUUCAUGACUUUGUACUAGGAUCCAAGAAACAUUUUUUCAUAUUGACCGAAAAUGGGAGAGUUUAUGGUAUGGGUGAAAACGAGGACGGUAGACUUGGAUUCGAUGAACAUAUUGAAUUUGUGGAAAGUAACCUCAUGAUAGUGAAUUUCUAUGGUCACAAAAUUCGGAAAAUUGUUGCCAAUGAAUGUCACACCUUCUUUUUGACAUAUGAUGGUGGAGUUUUUGCGUGUGGUAAAAAUUUAGGAUUUAAUGGCAUGUAUCUGGAUUUACCAACAGCGAAUGUUUUUACACCACUUCGAUUAACACUACCUUCGAUACAUGUUGAAAGUAUGGCCGGAUUUGGUGAAUCAUUAUUACUUCUCACUCGAGAAGAAAAUGCUUUAUUUGCUUAUGGAUUGAAUAUUGGAGGAAUGUUGGCAACAGGAAAUAAUUUGUCAAUCAUUGGUUGCCCAACACGAGCCUCAUACUUUUUUCAAUAUAAUGAAAUUAUUGAAGAUGUAUUUGUAGUGAAUGGAAAUAGUGUAUUUGUAACUGAGUCGAAUAAGAUUUACGUGUGUGGAAAGAGUGUGAACACGGAAAAACCACUUUGUAUAUUUGAUAUUGGAUCACUUGAAGAAUUGGAACAAUUCUCUAUUCGAAAAGUGGUCGAUGGAGAUGGUUAUGGCAAUAUUUUAUUAUUUCUAACCAAUGGACUUGAUUUAUACAGCUAUUACUAUGAAACAUCCACAGAAAGACAUAUUUUUGAAAAGGUUUAUUUCAAUGUCACAGACAUUGCUAGUUAUGGAAGAAAUAUUGUUUUCAUCAGCAAUACAUUCUCGCUCACCUAUUGUGAUCUAACUGUCAACAUAAACAGAGAAGCCAUGACCUUAAUGAAAAUAUUCAGUGCGGAUGCUCUUUCUGACAACAAAAUCAUUGAAUGGACCAUUCACGAAAAUGAUCUCUUUGACAAUGAAAAAGAUGCAGAGCGACCUUUGAAAUUAAUCGCCAAAUUUUGUAAUCAAUUCCAAAUCAACAGAAAAAAGAAGCAUCCAAGAAGAUACGUUUCCUUUACAGAUUCAAUUGAUUAUUUGGAUCAAUUUAUUGAUACAAAAAAGAAUGACAAUGCCAAUCCCACUCAAAAGAAUAUUUGGCACAAAAUUGCUCUCUCUUUCAAUGAGUCUGAAAGUGCGAUUCUGAGAUAUCUCAUUGAACAAUUGAAGUUGGAACUUCUUCUCGAAAUUUUAGAUGUACCAUUUUACUUGAGACAAGUUGAGCGUGAUCGUGACAUGCUUUCCUUCAUCAAGAAAAAAAAAAAGUAUUCGCUGAUCGCUGAUACAUACUUUGAUUAUCACAAAGAAAAAGGAAAUGACCAUCAAUGGGAUAAAUUAUUCUUUGAGCAGCAUGAAGAGGACAUUCUAAAAUUAUUAAUUAUUACUUUUGAGUACAAGAUUCAAACACUAUCAAGUGCCAUUUUCAACUAUCUAAGAUGGAAACUUCAAGCCAAUAGUCACUCCUCUCCAAUUUCCAAAAUUGAGAAAUUAGAAUACGCUUCAACAUUUAAUGGUUUACAAAAUAAUUUCAAUCAAUGGUUUUCAUUGCAACGCAAGAAGAAUAUUGUUUUCAAAAAGAAGAAAACGAAACCCAUGGAUCACUUUUUGGCCACUGUAUUGAUGUUAAUAUGUCAAAAAUUAAUAGAUGCUCUUCCACCUCUCUCUGUGAAACACACUGGAAAAACCUAUCGAAAUUUCCUCUCCCUGAAUAUGGAUCUAUCUCCCAUUCAAGUAGCAGAAUCACUUUCAAAAAUUAAGCGACUCAAAGAAGAUAUUACUGAACAUUUAACCAAGAAAGGACUCGUUCAAAAAGUACCAAAAAAAAGACGUGAAGAAUUUCAAGAGAUUAUAAUUGAAUAUUGUAAGGGAAUUCGUUUCAACGACCUUUUCAACAGUUUAUGUGAACAGUCACAUGCCAUUCAUUUUCUCAUUCGAUACUGUAUUUGUAAUUGCUUUACCGAAAAACAAAAAUGGAUUAUUGAUGAAAACAAGACCACUUCUCACAUUGCAAAUCGAAGAGCAAAAAUUCAUUUACCGAAAGGAGAACAUCUGUUACUUCGUUCCUAUCAUUCUCAUGCGUCAAGUAGUGAUACUUUGACCACAAGCGCAGCCACUCAUUUAAUGACUCUUGGAUUCAUGUUGGAUAAUAUUAAGGAAGAAUAUCAGGAUCAUGAGGAAACGAUUGGCAGUUUUAGUAGUAGUAGUGGUCAUCAUCAUCAUUUGAGAAGAGAAUUUUCACAAGUAGAAGAAGAAGACUUUUAUGGAUUUAUCGAUGAAUUUUCUUCUGAAUCUCACUCUAUGAAUCAUCAACAAGAGGAACAUUUAAAAGUUCAAACGAUGGAUGAACAACACAUGAAGAUUUUAAAAAUGUUUGAAAAUCAUAGUAGUAGCGGUUGUGAUACAAGUACUAGCGGUAGCACUACUGCUUCGAAUUCAUCCACACCUCGACGAUUGUUUGGUCUUUCAUCCACUGCUACUGCUUCUACUACUUUGACGACGAUGGAAAACAUUUCUUCCAAUAACAACAAUAAUUCACACGAAGUGGUAGUAGUGACUGAACAUUCUAGUAACAGUGUGAAAUCGAGUGUUGGUGAUCAUUCUAUGGAAGCUUCCAAUCUUUCACCUGAAUAUGAUCAAGCACUCGAGUACGCACAAGAUUUAUUCUUUAUUCAAAAUAUGGCCAUCUUUAAGGUGAGAAGAAUGGCCAAAGUGAAAUUUCCAUCACUUUCCAAUCAGGAAUUAUCGAAGAUGUAUAUUGACCUCGCAACGUCUCAUCUCGAAAAGAAGAAUUAA